AUUAAAAUCCAAAUUUCUUGGUGUAAACCUUACGAAUAACAAUAGGGACAAGCGGCUGAGGGUUUUUUACCUUGGAAUUCGAAGGAGAGGGAAGAAGGGAAACGUGUUCAUCAUCCUCUACAAGAAUAACUCAACUUGGAAAUUUUUUCCUGGGAAGAUAAAACCAACUAGAAGAUUAAUGUCAGGACGAAAUUGGGGGAUUCCGGUUCCUAUGAAAGGAGUUCCUCAUGGUGGGCUGCCCCCGCCUACAGUUCAUGAAUCGCCUCUUGUCCGAGGCCUUGGUGGAGGACCUCAUCCUGCAUUGUUGGAAGAAAUGAGGGAAUCCCAUUAUAGUUUGGGUGGACCCAGACCUCACCCUCCUCCUUCUGCCCUUAUCAAGGAGCGAUUGGCGGCUCAACACGAUGAGAUCCAGGGUAUGCUUGUUGACAACCAGAUGUUGGCUGCAACUCACGUGGCACUUAGGCAGGAAUUAGAGGUUGCACAGUAUGAGUUUCAGCGGGCUGAUAAGUUUGCCCAUUCUUUCCAUGCUGGAACGGAUUUAGAGAUGAGGGAACUUUAUGAGAAGUCUGUUAAAAUGGAAAAUGAACUUCAUGCUGCUAAUGCUAUGAGGGCUGAGCUUAUGCAGGUGCACAUGGAUAUUAAGGAGUUAACUGCUGCAAGGCAAGAUCUUACAACUCAGGUUCAAAUGAUGACUCAAGACUUGGCUAGAGUUACUUCAGACUUGCAGCAGGUUCCUGCAAUUAAGGCAGAAGUUGAGGGUUUAAGACAUGAGCUGGAUCGAGCUAGGGCUGCUGUUGAGCGUGAAAAGAAGGGUGUUGCAGAGAGCUUGGAGCAAGGUAAGAUGAUGGAGAGUAAGUUAAUCACAAUGGCUCGAGAGGUGGAAAAACUACGGGCAGAGUUGGCUAAUGCACAAAAAAGGGCUUAUGCUGCUAGUGCAAUUGGGAAUCCAGCUGCAACUUAUAAUGCAAAUUACAGCAAUCCUGAAGCAGGGUAUUCAGGGAAUCCUUAUCCUGUAGCCUAUGGCAUGAACCCCCCAAAUCCAAUGCAUCCUGCACCUUCUGGUGCACAAGGUUAUCCUCAGUAUGGACCUGGACCCGGCACUUGGGGUGCUUAUGAUACGCAAGGAUAUCCAGGACCAAGAUAAAAGUUCAUGCUAGGUCACGGGAAGGAGCCUCGGGGUCGGAUUUCCUAGCUUUGAAGGACUCUACUUGCACGUUUGCAGUAAGGUAGCAAUGGAAUUACAUUUUUCAGCGUUCUGUGCGUUAGAUGAAAAUUUCUGUGGAGAAGCUUAUUACUGCGAACAGCGGAAAAUGUUCAUCCUAAUAAUUGUUUCGUCCGCAGGAGAAAAAGUAUGGCUACAGCGGUUAUGAGCCUUUCAUUUACUUUUGUGUUUAGCUAACACUGAACUAGGAGGGCUAAACUAUUGAAUGGAUUUUGUUGUCAAAUUUGUUGGGGUUGUUUGUACAGUGUAGCAUAUGCAUAUCUUAUUGACCUGUCGAGCCAAUUUUCGUCAUGUUUAAUGUAGCAGAUUAUGGAAUUUCGUUGUGCGAA